UAGAAGCAGCCUUCAUUUGAAUUAUAUUACUUCGACCAUCUUCGCCCUGCUGGCUGCAAAGUGUGCAGAUUUUAUAUCGUUUCCUGAUAGUUCUGAGGCAAGUCUUGGCUAAUUAACCAAUCAAGAUGGAUGUUGUACCCCCACUCACCCUCCUGGUAACCACUGGAUACAUCCUCACUCUCUUCUUCAACUUUCAAGCUGGUGUUGGUCCAAAUUCUGACUUGUCACUAGGACUUUUUCGUAGCUCCAUCGGCAACCUCUCCAACCUCUACCCCACACCCGUAACACCUGCAGGGUACACCUUCGCUAUCUGGGGUCUCAUCUACUCCUGGUUUGCAGCAUGGCUAGUCUACGUCAUCACCACCCUCUUCAGAACCAACGAUAAGGGUCCGGUCUAUCUUAACCCUCCUACUACCAGUCCAGCAUUCCUUAUAGCAGUCUUUCUUAAUCUUACAUUUAAUGUCACAUGGUUAUUCGCCUUCGACAGGACUACUUUCAUCCUGAGCCAAGUCGCGCUAGUUGGCAUCACCGUAACGCUAUAUAUAGCUGUCUCCAUAGCAACUAGCAGGGUGUAUGAAUAUCUCUUCGUCUUCAAGGAGUACGGAGUGUUCGACCUGUGGGCAAAUCGCGUUCUGGUGCAAAAUGGACUCGCCCUCUACGCUACAUGGACUACGGUCGCAACCAAAGUAAACUUGUCUAUCGUGCUCAUAUACACGUUCGGAGUGGAUAAGGAAACAACGACAUAUAUAUGUUUUGCGGUCCUCGCCACCCAGCUCGUCACCUACUUCCUCCUCGACUGUUUCGUCUACGAUCGCUACUUUCGAUAUAUUCUCAUCGUGUACCCUGCAGCGCUGUGGUCAUUGGGUGGAAUACUUGUUGCUAACGUGAGAGAUCCUACCAGUCCACAGGCGGUCAUCGGAUCAACACUCUUCGCUAUCGUCUUCGUCUUCUUCGUCAUUAAAACCAUCCUCGUCAUCAUUCGCAACCCCGUAUACAUCAUUGCAAAACAGGAGAAAGCUGAUGGUAUCGCCUACUCAAGAAUGGUUUAGUUAUUUUUCUAUGUUCUCAAUACGCCGUGCAUUUUCCGUCCAGGAAAUCAUCAUAUUAUUUCUUUAUAAUCAUUAUGAUUAAACUUUAAAUUCAUCAUAUUAUAUUGUCGUCAUUCUAUCUUUAACAAAAUAUUUGCACUGUAAUGAUUUGUAGAUGCCAUUUUAGAAAUAUCUCUUAUUAGUAAUCAUCUCUCAUAAUAGGUGACAACUUUCUGAUAAUUCUUAUAAGAAAUGAAAAUACAUGUAUCUUUCGUACUGCACCUAGUUCUGUUUUUAUGCAAGGGAUUCUGUUACAUGUAAAUGAAGUUUAUUCAAUCAACAAACUUGAUGUAAAAAUUGUCCUAUUGUAGAGGAAACUAAUAUGCUCUUUCAAAAUUUUCCUUCUAGCCAUCAUCGUCAUCAAUUAAUACUGAGUCAUUAUCAUUCCAAAUAUGAAUAUUAUUCGCCCAUCUGUCAAAAGCAAAUAAAUAUUUUCUCAAACAUAAAUUCAAACAAUCUCCCCUCAUUUUUUAAUAUUUAGGUUGACGUUUUCAUGGCGACAAUAAUAACGAUGAGUCUAGUCUAAUCAGUGUGGCGAUGAUAAACCAGAUAUGUUGGGAAGUGUUACAAUGAAAAAUAUAUGAAUAUUUUGAUUAUG